CGAGUAGGUGUCAAACCUCAGUUCUACAGUAACUUAUAUAAGUCACUCACACUGAGUCACUACAGACAUAUAAUCACUAUAAAUCAUAUCCUGAUUAGAGUUGUAUGUGACUCAUAGUCGUUACCAUAUAAUAUUUCUAUUUUCCUGCACACACUCCUCAAUCACCACUAAAUUUUUUUAAAUCUUUCAUCGAAGCAGAGUACAUACUACAACGAUUCAGACCAUUCCGUACUAACAUACAAAUCGUAAUAUUAAGGUAACGAUGAGUAGUGGAGAUUUAAGUCCGGAGGAACAAUACCGGUGGAUUACCAAAGACUUACCAGAAGUCUUAAAUGCCCAAAUCAUUAAGGAUGUAUUAGAGAAAGAACAAAGACAUUUGAAAAUUUAUUGGGGAACAGCUCCAACUGGUAGACCACAUUGUGGAUAUUUUGUUCCAAUGAUUAAAUUAGCUCAUUUCUUAAAGGCAGGAGCUGAAGUGAUUGUACUUUUGGCCGAUUUACAUGCAUUUUUAGAUAAUAUGAAGGCUCCAUUAGAAGUUGUUCAACAUCGAGCAAAAUAUUAUGAAUUUAUUGUUAAAGCUAUUUUAAAAUCUAUAAAUGUUCCAAUUAAUAAAUUAAAAUUUGUUGUGGGAUCAUCUUAUCAAUUAACUCCUGAAUAUACUUUAGAUAUUUUUAAACUUGCUAAUAAAGUAUCUCAAAAUGAUGCUAAAAGAGCUGGAGCAGAUGUUGUUAAACAAGUUGCAAAUCCUUUAUUAUCAGGAUUAAUUUAUCCAUUAAUGCAAGCACUUGAUGAACAACAUUUAGGAGUUGAUGCACAAUUUGGUGGAAUUGAUCAAAGAAAAAUUUUUGUAUUAGCUGAAGAAAAUUUACCAGGUAUUGGUUAUAAAAAGAGAGCUCAUUUAAUGAAUCAUAUGAUUCCUGGUUUAGGUCAAGGUGGUAAAAUGAGUGCAUCUGAUCCAAAUUCUAAAAUUGAUAUUAUUGAAGAACCAAAAAAUAUUAGAAAGAAAGUUAAUAGUGCUUAUUGUGCUCCAGGUGAUAUUAAAGAUAAUGGAUUAAUUGCAUUUGUUGAACAUGUAAUUCAACCAAUUCAAGAAUUAUUGGCCGAUAAAGAAGGAGUAUUUAAAUUUGAUAUUAAUAGACCUGAGAAAUAUGGUGGUCCAAUUACUUAUACUUCAGUUGAAGAAUUAAAGGAAGAUUUUGCUAGUGAAAAAUUAUCUCCUGUAGAUCUUAAAUCUGGUGUAGCUGAUAGAAUUGUCGAAUUAUUAGCUCCAAUUAAAGCUGAAUUUGAUGCAACUCCUGAAUUCCAAGCUGCUGAAAAGAGUGGAUACCCAGUUGCAACUCCAAAGGAAGAAAAAAAGGUUAAAAAGGUUAAGAAUAAAGGUUCAAAAUAUCCUGGUGCUGGUAAGGAAUCUACUCCAGAACCUGUAUCUGAAGUUGCUGAUAAGUUAGAAGCUACUAAAUUAGAAUAGAUUAUAGAGUCCUGUAUAUCUACUAUUCGAUAAUGUACAUCCGUUAUAUAAUACAAGUAAUACUAUAAAGUUCUGUGCUGCCAUAUGUCUUGUCUUUUGUCUCUCACUGUUUUGUCUAUUUUGUCGUUAUGUCUCGCUUACAUAAGCAGCACAAGAACCAAUCAACUGGUCGUGAAAAUGAAUGAAAAAUGCGUAAGAAAAAAUUGAUAGCCUAUAGAGCUCAU